AUGAGCCAUUUGAAGUCUAUAAUAAGCAGAGCAGGAGGCUUUCUUCUCGGCUCUCUUCUCUCCACUGUAUCUGUCUCUUCUUCAAAUCCGCCGGCUCUAGCCUCCGCGUUUUCUUCCUCCUCCUCCUCCAUGGAAACUCACAAAACCAAGGUCUGCAUCGUCGGGAGUGGUCCGGCGGCACACACGGCGGCGAUCUACGCGGCGAGGGCGGAGCUGAAGCCUCUUCUCUUCGAGGGAUGGAUGGCUAACGAUAUCGCUCCCGGCGGUCAGUUAACUACAACCACCGACGUCGAGAAUUUCCCUGGAUUCCCCGAUGGUAUCCUCGGCCUGGACAUCGUUGAGAAAUUCCGGAAGCAAUCGGAGCGAUUCGGUACGAAGAUCUUCACGGAGACGGUCAAUAAAGUUGAUUUCUCGUCGAAGCCGUUCAAGCUGUUCACCGAUUCCAGAACAGUCCUCGCCGACGCUGUUAUCAUUUCGACGGGAGCUGUGGCCAAGCGGCUUAGCUUCACUGGAUCUGGUGAAGGCGCCGGUGGUUUCUGGAACCGCGGGAUCUCCGCUUGUGCUGUAUGCGACGGAGCUGCUCCGAUUUUCAGGAACAAACCUCUGGUGGUUAUCGGCGGCGGCGAUUCGGCCAUGGAGGAGGCGAAUUUCCUCACCAAGUACGGAUCUAAGGUUUACAUAAUCCACAGGCGUGACACGUUCAGGGCGUCGAAGAUUAUGCAGCAGAGGGCGUUGUCGAACCCUAAGAUCGAGGUGAUCUGGAACUCUGCGGUGGUGGAGGCAUACGGAGACGAAAACGGAAAAGGCGUUCUCGGUGGAUUAAAGGUGAAGAACGUCGUGACCGGUGAUGUGUCAGAUCUGAAGGUCUCUGGAUUGUUCUUCGCCAUUGGUCAUGAGCCAGCGACGAAGUUCUUGGAUGGGCAGCUUGAGCUUGAUGAAGAUGGUUAUGUAUUGACCAAGCCUGGUACCACAAAGACGAACGUGGUUGGUGUAUUCGCCGCCGGAGAUGUCCAAGACAAGAAGUAUAGGCAGGCCAUUACUGCUGCAGGAUCUGGGUGCAUGGCGGCUUUGGAUGCAGAGCAUUACUUACAAGAGAUUGGAUCUCAGGAGGGUAAGAGUGAUUAG